UCAAGAGCCAGUAAUCAAAGUUGCCGCAGUUUCGGCAGAACGAGGGCGAGUAAUCCCCAAGAAGAAUCUCACGUAGCGUACGGGAGAUUAUUUUUGGCGCGGGCCGGGCACUCGCGCGGUCGUCCAGGCGAGGCGACUAACGUUACAUUUCGUCCGAGGAUUGGUGAGAAGAGAACGAAGCUGGCCCCUGCGUAGACCCGUUAAUGAGGUCGAUGGGAAGGUGGCGAUCUUUGGUGGGUCUGUAAAUACUUGCGCGGUGGUCCAGUUUCCAGUUUUGAAUACCGAUGAGAAGACAUUGGAGCUGGACCCUGCGAAAAUUCGUUAAUGAGGCCGGAGGAAAGGCGGCGAUCUUCGGUGGAUCUCUGGGGUCUCCUCAAGAGCGCGGCUGGAAUUCGUUCCUGGACCAGGUGGUGCGUUCGAGGAAGGAACGAGGAGACCGAAGAUUCGGUCGCCAAGACGUCUCCGAAAACGGGUUCGAAGGCCUCGGGAAGUGCGACCGUGCGGAGCUUCUUCGGACGCCGAAAGUGCCUCAACGUUGUCGACUGCGGGAACGAGGGGAAGGAGACCCGCUCGAGAAGCGAUCCGCGACCAGGUCGGAAGUGUUCGAUGCGGCGGAUUUCCUCAUACUCGGCCUCCCUUGAUCCCAGUUACCAAGAUGGCCAACGUGUAUCCAGUCCGGAUAAUGUCUUCGACCUGGACUACGACUCUUAUGACGACGACGAGGAAUUUCGGUGUCCCAGGUGCGGCAGGAGGAUGCAGGAGCCGAAACUCCUGCCCUGUCUGCACCCCAUGUGCACUCGAUGCGUCGACGAAGCGACUUCCCACGGCAUCGACGAUCGCGAACGGCGUAUUUGUCGGGAUCCGUCGUUCCGGCAACAGGAAGAAGGAUGUCCUAUCUGCGAAUUUCCUUUGGCGAAUCUCUGCUCCGUAGCUUUGCCUCCCCAUUACCCUCUUCAGCAUCGACUGGUCGUCAACACGGUGAGAAGGCGAAUGGCGCUGGCAGGUCGAAUUGUCUGCUGCGACGUCUGCUCCGAGGAGGUCGAGGCAUCGGUGCACUGUCCGGUCUGCCUGCGCAACUUGUGCUUCACCUGCGGAUCCGAGCACGAGCGAAAGCGAACCCUGGAGGACGACAUCGGGCAUCGCGUUGGGCCCCUCAGGGAAGCAAGAGGCAUCCGGCGAACCGCGCUCUGCUCGAUGCACCCUUCCCACGUGUUGCGCUUCUACUGCAUCGCCUGUCGCCAAGUGACGUGCAGGGAAUGCACGUGGAGAGGCGAGCACAGAGGACACGCGAGCGAGGGCGUCUCCGGAGCUGGCAGACGAGCGGCGAUCUUGCUGAGUCGGGCACUUCAAAGAGCAGAGGCGUUCCUGAAGACCGUGGACUCCUUCGAGUCCUUCGGGUCCUUCGAGUCGUCGCCAUUGAUGGAACCUCGGAGCAGAUUCCACGACUCCGAGCCUGGGUUCCAAACGGAGGAGUGCAGCCCGGUCGACAGGUUCUUCAGGUAUUCCGAAGGACUCUCCACGAUGAGAGGGUCGAAUCGCUGCGAAAUCCAGUCCUCCGAGUCGUCCCACGCUGACGAGGCUCAGGAGAGGAUUCGAGAGUUUGCGCGAACGAAGAGGAUCCGGUACAUUCUUGAAGCCGUGUCUCUGGGAGAAGAGCUGCUUGCCGAUGGCUCUCCUGUUGAGAUUCUCAGCCUGAGUGCGUUCAUUGUCGAGAGGCUGCAGAGCCUUGGAGUCGGGUCCGGGUCUGAGAGCUUUGAGGGCAGUCCUGGAGGUCGCAGCGCGUCAAUGCAUCGGCACACCGGGGUGUAUCAUUGCUGCACCUUUUGUUCAAGUGGGGGACGCAAGGAGGCCGCAUGUGCUUGCAACGGCACCAUGCCUGGUGGAUACAAGGGCUGCGGCCAUGGACAUCCCGGUCACCCUGGGGUGAAGCAUUGGUCUUGUUGCGGGUCUCCCCAUCGAUACGACAAAUGCCCAAUCAGGCGGAAACGCUCUCAUCGAGUAAUACUCUGAUCAUGAAUUUGUCCCUAAUGAAGAUCAACGCAACAUUUAAUGAACUCAUUAACUCGACACGAUAUGUUGACUCUCUGCCAUGGGGUAGACGAACUUUUGAUCCUUAAGCGUAUACUCUACUGGACGAGAGCGAUGCACGCUUCGUGUAUUAAACAUGUAUAUACAGUAUAUAAACACGUAUGCAAAUUCCAUACAA